CCACGCGACUGCGGCGUAUCUGAAAUGGCUGAUUAAACAAUAAGGCGCUAAAUUAAAUAAUGGUUUUAACAAUACCAUUAAAUAUGUAUAUCUGACAUGCGGUCAUUUAUUUACAUACAAUUGCGAUAGAUACUGUCGCAACAAGGAAGUCAUUCAUUGUGUUGGAGUAUGCGUCUCUUGUCCAGAUGUUAAGUUACAAUUCUUUAACUCGUGUUUCGGUACUUAUAAAGUUGAGAUGGGAUUUUGCGUGGAUUUUAUAGAAGUGCUUUUGUGUUUUUUCUUAUUUCUUCAGACAGGAACUUCAGUAUAUUCCGAAGGACAGAUGCCCAAUUUUGAUGUGCCAAUAUUGAACGUGACAGCUGUGUCAGGAACAACUGCUGUUUUGCCGUGCACUAUCACUGGUAUUACCGACGAUAACAAGGUUGCAUGGGUGGAUCCGAGGAAGAAACUGCUAACUGUAGCUGAGAAAAGAAUCAUCACAGAUCUCCGUAUCAGCGUGGAGAGACCUUUCACCAAAGACUGGAAUCUGCACAUAAGAAGUGUGAGGCUGAACGAUAGCGGAGAAUAUCUAUGUCAGAUAAACACUAUGCCAGUUAAAAGCAUGAAAAUAUUGCUCACAAUUCAUGAGCCGCCUUCUAUUAUUGAACAUUCCGGCGAUCAGACUGUUCGUGAGGGAGAAACAGUCGCAUUAUGGUGCAAAGUGGUUGGAGAGCCGUAUCCAGCAGUCACGUGGUAUAGACACUAUAUUCACGAGCAAAAAUCAGCGAAAUCAGCUAUUGGAGAGGAAGGUGAAGCAUUAAGAAUCCACAACAUAUCACGAUAUUGUGAGGACAUUUACGAGUGUAUGGCUAAUAAUGACAUAGAGCCCGGUGCAAGUCAACGAAUGAAAGUUAAUGUUCAAUUUCCGCCUGAGAUACAGUUAUAUAGUAACAGAAUGGGACAGAGCAAGGGAAAAGAAACUAUUCUUGACUGUAGGAUAACUGCCAACCCACAUGGUUAUAUUGUCUGGAAACGGAAAGGGAAGGAAAUAACAAACAGUCAUAAGUAUGGAAUAACAGUUUAUGAAGAUGACAGAUACACUAAAACACUGAGUUUACGUAUUGCAAGAUUAAAUGAUGAUGAUUUUGGCAAGUAUAAAUGCUAUGCAGAAAAUAAAUAUGGCACUGAUACAGAGGAAAUGAUGCUUUAUGAACACGUGGAAAGAAGGAUCACGACCACACCCAAAACAACAACAGACGGGUCCUUGAUAGAGACAUAUUCAUGGAAACCAGCUGUUUAUUAUGACCCAGAUAGCCGUUAUAGUCCUACACGAAGCUGGGACGAUCCAAAAUACAGUGGAAAUGCCGGCGCGUCACGUGCAGGGUCAGAGAAAACAUGUAGACAGAGUCACCAUAUGUCAGUUGUAACAUUGGGCUUCGUAACCCACUUGAUUAUUUGUAUACUUCAAAGAUAGUGAAUCGUGUUGUGCGGAAAGCAUUUGUUGAAAACAUAGCUGAUAAACCUUUGCUCCAUUCCACUGUCAACGCAAGGCCAAUGGUAUCUUAAAAGAAAAACAGCUUUGUAAAAGCAGCGGUGAUAGAUGCCAGUGGAUCUGAAUAUAUGAUGUUAAACAUUACAUAAUUCAGAUAUCCAUUCAAAUAAGGGAGAUAUUGAGAAAUAUGGAUGCGAACAUAUAAUGUUAAACAUUAAAUUAUCAAGAUACCCAUUUUGAUGCCGAUGGUCUAAUAUGGAUUCUAAUAUGUGUUGUUAAAUAUUAGAUUAUCCAGAUAUCCAUUCAAAUGCCACAUGGAUACGAAUAUAUUGUGUUAAAGAUUAAAGUAUCAAGAUACCUAUUUUGAUGCCAAUAUUCUGUAGAAACAUGGACACGAAUCUAAGAUAAUAAAUAUGGAUGUAGAUGAUCCUAAUAUCCGUUCAGAUACCGGUGAUCUUGAGAAACAUGGAUAUGAUUAUAUUGAUGCUAUAUAGUUUAUUCUGAUAUCCAUUUACAUGUCACCAGUUGUUAGAAACAUGGAUACGAAUAUUU